AUGGCCGACCAAGCCACUGGAGAGUCGAAAGACCCUGCCAGCUUCCUUUCCUCGAUCAUCGGCGUCCCUGUCACGGUCAAGCUUAAUUCAGGUGUUGUCUACAAGGGCGAGCUACAAUCUGUUGAUGGUUAUAUGAACAUCGCACUGGAAAAAUGCCAGGAGUUCGUCAAUGGAAAGCUGCGGGGGACAUACGGCGAUGCAUUCGUUCGUGGUAACAAUGUCCUCUACAUCUCCAGCGAGUGA